UUGAAUUAUUUUAUAUUAUAUUCAUGUGCAAUUAGAAACUUAUUUAAGAGAGUAAAUAAAGAUGGGGAAAAAAAUGGAAACAACAAUCAGAAGAACACACACGUGCUGCCUCUCCGGUGACCCGACGUCGGCGGGGGAACUUGAGCCGGGUCGGGUCACGCCGAAGGUGGAAACCCGGGAAGUGAGACAGCAAUCUGACACCGUACGGGCCAAUUACCGCGAACUACAAAAACAAGUAUCUUCCAAGCUCAGCUCUCUCUCUCUCACAGAAAGCCACAGAGACCAUUUUACACCUCUGCGUUUCUUUCAUUCUGUUGUCCGUUCUCCAAGCUUUGAUUUCUCCUUGUCGUUUGGUAUCUGUCUCCAUUGUUGGGUCCGUUUGAGAAGGAAUCAGACUAAACUAAAACAAUACCCGCCAUUUCGCCGAAUCUCUCGACUUCCCAAGCUCGCUCUUGUGCCGCCACCAGGUUCGUUUAAAAAAAAAGGAGAAGUCUUUGGAUUCUUUCUCACCUAUUUUGGAAUUCUGCUUAGAGCAACAAGAGUUCAGUCUCCUCGGGGGCCUUUGAUUCCUUAGAAACUCGAGCUGUUGAACGGAGGUUUUGAUUCCUGUGUGACAAGCAAAAGUAUGGCGAGUUGGUGGAAAAAAGCUCUCUUCUUUCUCCCUUUCAUGUGCCAUUUUGAUUGUACUGUUCAGCUCAGAUUGGAGGGCAGCUUCAUUUGAAUCCCCUGAUUUCGUGUUUUUCUUUCUUCUUUCCUUUGAUUGAUGUCUUCAUUUGGGCUUGAAUCAUGUGCUGAUGGUGUUAGGAAGCUUCUGCAAUUAGUAGCAGCUGUUGUUCUGUUUCUUGCUUUAUUUAAUUUCCAAGCAAGAAUAGUCAAUUCUAGUCUGCUGGAUGGCAUUUGACUAGGAAUAGGGUUUCCUUUGAUUUUAUUUUAUUUGAUUUGGUUGGAUUCAAUUUAUUGCAUCUGGUCAUACCUCUUCUAGAAGGCAGUUGACAAUUUUGGGUUUCCCCUUAGGUUGUUCAUUAGCUCAUAAGCUUUCCCUUGUACCUACUUCUUCCUUUCCUCUCUUGUGUCAAAAACAGGUUGACACUUGAAACCCUAGGGCUCGAGAGAGAUUCAAGAGAUUAUCAGUCGAUACCACGAUGUUCCGUCGGAAGGCUAAUAAUGCUAACCAGGAUCCUGAGAAUGAUCCUCAGCAGCAAGAGGCUAAGAUCAACGAGCUCAAGGCCGCUAUAGGUCCUUUAUCUGGCCCGAGCUUGAAGUAUUGCAGCGAUGCAUGCUUCAGAAGGUACCUGGUAGCGCGAAACUGGAGUGUGGAGAAAGCCAAGAAGAUGUUGCAGGAAACUCUCGAGUGGAGGUCGAGCUAUAAGCCCGAAGAAAUCCGUUGGCCCCAAGUUGCACAUGAAGGUGAGACUGGGAAGAUAUACAGAGCCAAUUUCCGUGACAGACAAGGAAGGUCUGUACUUAUUCUCAGGCCUGGAAUGCAGAACACGAAAUCAUUCGAGAACCAAAUCCGCCAUCUGGUUUACUUGCUUGAGAAUGCAGUUCUCAACCUGCCAGAGGGCCAAGAGCAGAUGUCUUUCCUCAUCGACUUCACCGGCUGGUCGAUCACCAACAACGUGCCCAUCAAGACAGCGCACGAGACCGCCUCGAUUCUGCAGAACCACUACCCCGAGAGGCUGGCAGUCGCGUUCCUCUACAACCCUCCGAGGAUCUUCGAAGCGUUCUGGAAGGUGGUGAAGUACUUUUUGGAUCCCAGGACGUUCCAGAAGGUGAAGUUCGUGUACCCGAAGAAGAACAAGGAGAGCGUCGAGGUAAUGAGAUUGCACUUUGAUGAUCAGAACUUGCCAGCUGACUUUGGAGGGCAAGGUGACUUGCAGUAUGACCAUGCCGAGUUUUCGAAGAUGAUGAUUCAGGAUGAUGUGAAGACGGCUUCUUUCUGGGGGCUUGAUGCUGCAAAGUUGAAUGGUGUUGAGGUUGCUCCUACUGAGUCUUGAGUAUGAGAUUAAUGGGGAGAACUGCAGUCUAGCUGUUAGCUAAGCUAAGCAGCUCUGUUUGAGUUGAUAUAUUAAUCCUGCUUGAUUUCUUGCUAGUCUAGAAGAGAAGAAGGGUGACCCCUUUCUCCGAGCUAUUGCAUUUCUCUUUUCCCAAUUGCUGUUUGCAUUAUCUAAUUUUAUCAAUCCAAUGUGACGAUUUAACUGGCUAAUUCGAUUUAAACUUGACCAACUGAAAGGUGGCGUAUGACUCGAUAAACCGAUUGAGAUUUAUCAGUAACUCGAGUUCAUUUGAUCCAGGUUUGUAUUAUGU